AUGGAGUUAAAUUUAGAAACUUCUAUAAAAUUGUUUUAUUUGCAAGUGCAAGAUAAUGGUACUCAUAAAGGACAACAUUUAGUUGAGAUGUCUGGUCUGUUGCCUUAUAUUAACGAACAAAUAGUAUUCUCUAUUGAUGAUACUUUUCCUAACUGGCUUAUUGCAGAGCAUUAUAUUGCUCAAUAUGGUCGUCAAAAAGGGUUUGAUCUAGCAAAUGUUGUGGCUCAGCUACAACGUGAACAUCAUAUAGAAGGAAAUGAUGCAUCACGACUUCUAACACAGCUUUAUGAAUACAAAGAGAUGGAUCCUAACUGGUACAUCAAGCCUUUAAUUGAUCCUAUUAGCAAUCGACUUCGUGAGAUUUUUUGGAUAGAUCCAGGGCAAUGA